AUGAAUCCAUUUGGUAACUCUUCUGGAUUCAUGGACCUAUUAACCACUCAACAAUCAGCCCCUACCCUUCAGCCCAGUAGGUAUGACUCAGAUUCACCAAGUAUUAGACUUGGUGCAUCUGAAGUUCCUUUCUUCUUCAGCUCUCAAUGUUCUGAAGGACCUACUGAAGGUGAAUUCCCUGCUGCGAGAAGCACACCAAAGAAGAGGAAUGCUUGGACAGGUCCAGAAGAUACGGUUCUCAUAUCUGCAUGGUUGAAUACUUCCAAAGAUCCGGUUGUAAGCAAUGAGCAGAGAGGAGAUGCUUUCUGGAAGCGGAUUGCAGCAUAUUAUGCUGCAAGUCCAAACGUUUCUGGUCUAUGCAAGAGAGAGCCUAGCCACUGCAAACAGAGAUGGGCCAAGAUUAAUGACGUGGUGUGUAAGUUUUCUGGUGCUCAUCAGGCUGCAAGCAAUCAGAUGGCAUCAGGUAUGAAUGAUGAUGAUCUCAUCAAGAUUGCACACCAAAUAUAUGAGCAAGAUCAGAAGAAGAAGUUCAACAUGGAGGCUGCUUGGAGAGAUUUAAGGCAUGACCAGAAGUGGUGCUCACUUAAGACUUCAAAAGAGAUUGACAAGAGUAAGAGAAGAAAGGGUGAAUCAUUCGAUGUGUAUUCAUCAGAAGCUAGCCAAGCCACAAACGUUUCUGAACCUUCUCAACCAAGACCUCCUGGUGUGAAGGCAGCUAAGGGAAAAGGAAAAAGGGCUGCAACAACAUCACCAAGUGUAGAAGGUUCUGGUCAGUCAGUGGAUAGAGUUCAAACUUUGUGGGAAAUCAAACAAGCAGAUUUUGCUUUGAAACAACAAGAGUUUGCUCUCAAUGACAAACUAAGUAACAAGAAACUGCUGGAUACUCUUCUAGCAAGAUCUAAUCCGUUGACUGACAAUGAGGAAGCAUUAUAG